AUGACCGAGACUACCGAAGCUGAGGAGGCGAUCCCAAUUGAAGAGCUGACACCCGAGGAAGCAAACCGCAUAAUUCACUCGCACCGAAAAUUGGGUUCAACUGUUUGCAACUCUUUUGCGACCACCUGGGUGCUAAUGCAUCAUCCAGGAACCGCAUGUUGGCCAUGCCGACAAAGAAAGGUGAAGUGUGACAACAAGCAGCCAUGUGAGAAUUGCGUGAAACGGGAGCAUCCUCAGCUGUGCUCGUACAAACCGAACCGCUCUUCCGCCACCAAGAAUUCUUCUGCGCAUCAAAAUGGCCAGACCAAGAAACGUGCUCGCUCAUUCUCUGAUGGCCAUGACGAAAGCCGAAAAUCCGAGCGUGGAGACAGUUGGCCGCGAACUAUAGGUGUAUCAACAAGUCUAGAUGAUACAGAGUCUGUGGGGGAUCGUUACCUUGGCCAGAAUAGCAUUCCGGCUUUACUCCGAGAGCAAUCCUCGCCAAUUGAAAAGAUUGACAGCGUGGAUAUCCGAGGUGAUAUGCGGUCUAUUCUGGGCCUUGAUACCUCCGCCCCAUUUCCUCUCAUGUCGUCUCAUCAUCUCCAUCGACUAGCCCAGGAUAUCUCGGCGGAGCUCCCAUCCGACCGAGAGGUUAUGAAAUUAUUCCGUACAUACAAAGAAAUUCCUCAACCCUUCUGGGGUUUCGUUUGUGAUAUUGAUGAUUUUGAAUCAAAGCUCAUGGUCUACCUCGAAGACCGUUCCCGUAACGCCUCGACUGCUAUGAAAUCUUCAAGACCAGUAGCAGCAUCCUGGCUUGCCAUUUUAUUUGCCGUCCUGGCUGUUGGCUCUCAGUAUCAUGAGAGCCCAUACCAUGUUCGCACUCGUGACUCUCAAAGAUAUAUACAGAUUUCGUUUCAUUUUCUACGAUUGGGUAACUUUUUGCUGCGUCCGUCAUUUGACUCUAUCCAAGCCUUAUUACUUACAAGUUUUGUCCUUUUGAAUGAUAUGAAGGCAGAAGCCUCUUGGGCAUUGACCGGUCUCACAUGUCGCUUGGCCCAGUCGCUAGGACUUCACCGCACUUCUAGCUUGGAGGGCCGUGACAGUGUGCCGCCAAAUGCCAAGGUGAAGGAGAUGACGCGACGGAAGCUUUGGUGGACAUGCGUUUGGCACGAUACUUUGACGUCUCUUUCAUUUGAUAGCUCUGACACAACACCCGGUAAAUUCACGUAUCUGGAAAUGAUGUAUCAUCUCAUAGAGAUAAUUUCACGACGACUAAACCCCGACGCAACCGCGACAUCAUCCUACUCGCAAAUUAUGGACAAUUGCGAGGCAGUGGAGAACCUUCGUCGCCAUUCAUUACCACAUAUGCAGGACAAGGAACAGUGCAAGACGGCACUCCACCGUCUCCAAUACUACGCAAUCCGGUUACACACCUCCUUCGUCAUCUCAGUAGCUUGUCGGCCUGCUCUCAAACGCACUUGUGAUUUCGAUCCCAAUCAAAAGAAGGAGCUGGCAGAUAGGUGCAAAGAUAACCUUACACAAACAGUUCGGAUGUUUUUGGCCAUGCACCAACUGUCCGUGAUUCCAACUCGAACUUGGGCAUUUACAUACCACGGGCUGUCGUCCGCGCUACUUCUUGGUAUUCUGUGCGAGACCAAGACGGAUCCAGAAAUUCGCCAGCUUCAAGGGGACCUGAUUGCCGCGCUUUCGGCCACUGCCGCAAAGGAGGCUAAUUCGCCCGAGCCCCAUAUCGCUGUGAGCGAUAAGGACAUUGAGCUCUCUGGGCCCUUGUGGCGAGCCCUUACUGCCCUGAAGAACAUUUACGAGCACGGCACGGUUAUCGGCACGGCGCUCAAGCGCGAAGGAGAUUUAUCCGGUGGUGGGAGUGGUACCAGAACGCCUCUUCCGCCAUUGAUGCUAGGCAGCGCCAACGUAGCAAGCCUAGGUGCCCAAUUACGUGCCGCACAAGCAGCAGGCGAUCCUCGCGAGGACGCUGCGCUCGCCAUGGCCGAGAUGCAGAACGGGGCGUCGCUACAGGACUUUUCAGGGCAAGUUUUCAAAUCGGCAGGCUACUCUUUUGUCAUAGUGCAUGUCUGA